CGACAACCCUCACCUCAACAGUCAACACCCAGCAGCGCGCGCACGAACAAGCAAACAACAAGCAGCGACGAUCGACGACCUGAUCAAUCAUCGCUCUCGCUUAGCAGCAGCGAUGGUGUCGUGGAAGAGGAAGCGCGGCGGCGGCGGUGGCGGGGAGGAGCCGCCCGUCCGGGGCGCGGCCGAGGAGGAGAAGGUCCCGAGAGGGCACGUUCCGAUGCUGGCCGCCGGCGGGGACGACGACGACGGGGUAGACGACGUCGGCGAGCGGGUGCUGGUGCCGGUGACGCUUCUCACCGACCCUUCCGUCGCGGAGCUGCUUGACAUGGCGGCGCAGCGGUACGGGUACGGCCAGCCGGGCGUGCUGCGGGUGCCCUGCGACGCGGGCCGCUUCCGCCAGGUCCUAGACAUCGCCAUGCACAGACGCGGCGUCAGCUCGUCAGCCUGAAAUGGCCGGCCGGCUGGCUGGCUGGCUUGGCCAUGCAUGCAUAUGAUGACAACGCGGGGCCGGCGCCCCAUGACAGGGAGCUAGUAGCUAGAGUAGAGCAGUUGCACUGAUCGAGCAGAGCUUCAGUUUAUCGUAGAUAGAUGGAAAUAGUUUGUUCUUUGUUAGGUCGAUUAGAUUAUUUGAUUUGAUGAACACAUGUAUCCAUAGUUACAUACACACACGAGUGUCGUUUUGCAUA